CUGCCAAACCCAGCCCGUCGCUGAUCCCUCUGCAUCGCUGAUCCCGGCCCAUCGAAUCGAUCUUGGCCAGCUCGCCAGUCAGCCAGCUCGCUGAUCCGCCUCCCGCAAGCCGAUCCCCAUAUCACCAGCAGGCAUGCUUCUGCGGAUUACCCGGCCGCUGCGGUCGACACAUGCCUCCCAAUCCGAAUGGGUGCGCAGAAUCGCUGCUCCAGUCUCCCGUCUGUCGUCGACCACCUCGGCAUUGUCCUCAAAAGCCCCUUCAGCGUCCAGCGCCGACGGCGAUGCCGAGCCGCAGCCAGCCAACUCGUCUGCGUCCGCAUCUGCAUUUGCAUCUGCAUCUGCAGCCCAACUCGAAUCGUUCGCCUCGCAGCCCUCGGAGCGGCCCGAGCCGUCGCCUCAGCCCGAUGUCGCUGCCGCCCGACCCGCAAAGCCGGCGACACCCUUUGGAUUCUCCUCCUUCACGUUCCCGCUCCCAAGUCUCUUCAACAAGGAAAAGUCGGUGCAAGCACAGGUCAUGGACUAUCCCUGGCUGCUAAGCACGGCACCGCCGCGGCAAGAAUCGCCGACAGUGUGGUCUGUCCUCAAAGAGAAGCACUUCCUGGCCCUUGGCAUCGAGCGCGCAAAGAAGCACUUGCACUAUCCCGCCUACGACUUCCCCAUGAUUUUCACCGAAGACAUCGAGCCCGUCGUCACCAACCUCUUUGCGACACUCUCGGAUCGUAACUGCUCCGAGGAGACGCUGCAGCCCGUGAUGAUCCGCGCACUGGUCGAUCGAUUCCUGCCAGCGUAUCGUGCCAUGCAGGAGAAGGGUCAGCGAGUCGAGUUUGUGCUUUGUGGAAAGCCCGUCGCCUCGGUCACCGGACUGCACUUUACAUACGGCCCGUACCCAGCCCCGCCGGACUAUGUGACGCAGCACUGGUGGAAUUUUCUGACACUGAUGGUUCCCGAGGAGGACGGCCUCUACCAGUCGCACUCGCAGUACAAGGCCCUCAUGCAGCGCGCGAUGGACGACGGCGUAUACAUGAAGAUCAACUGCCGAGUCAAGUGCGACCUUGAGUUUAUUCUCUGGGACAAGAACGACAUUCCUCUGGUCCGUGACCGGCGGCAGCGGGUCGAUAUUCAGUUCAUCAGCCCUCACUUUACGCCCUGGGACGAGAUCUUUGAUACCGACGACGCCGGCAAGUGGCAUCUGAAGUGGGCUUGGCGUGUCUCGGAUAUUGACGACAUGAUCAAGGCACAGCAGCCCCCCGUUUCGACCAACAUCCAGAUCGACUGGCGCUCGCGGCAGUUCUGAAACAAGCAACCAAAUCGCUGCGACCUCGUGCAGCCGCGAGACCCGAUCCUGGUGGACGUUGGGUCCUGUCUUGCCCUGUCGUGGACACAACAGCAAUCGAUGCAGGCCCCCCGACUUCCUCCCCACCCCACCCUAGCUAUUCCCUUUGACAUCUCGUCGCGCACCCAUCCAUUCCAGAUCUUUGAUGCACAAUCUCAGCCUCGUUUCCACCAGGGCGCUCGACUGACUCAGGACGCGCACACUCCUGUUGCAACCUUGCUCGACUCUGGAUGCGAAAUGUGCACUCGGUUGGAGACCAACUGUCUCCAUAAUACAUGUACAGCUACAGGCAGAGAAAGGCUGCACAGCCCUGUUGUCACUAC